AUGACAACGGCAGAGCCAUCUAGCGGCGUGUGGCAGCGAAACGUAAAGUCCCAUCAGUCAGAGAAGAAGAUCUCCAGUCACGUUGGAGACCAUAAUAAUGUACAACAGGAACAUCUGAGACAGUGGCAGAAAGAUGCUCAGAAGAUGAAGGUGAAGGUCCUGGAGCAGGUCCAGGAUCAGCUCAGUGAUUUACUUGACAAAGCUCUGAAUGAGUCGGUCCAGUCUUUUACUCAAAUACAGCCAGCAGUUAAUGGAAAGACGACGAACAACAGAUCUCAGAGAAUGGACGACGGCAAAGUGUUUAUGGACAGGCCGUCACUGUUGGAUGAACUGUUUGAGAUCAACCACAUCAGGACCAUCUACCACAUGUUCAUCGCCGUGCUCCUCAUCUUCUGUCUGAGCACGCUGGCUGUCGACUACAUCGACCAGGGCAGGUUUGUGUUGGAGUUCGACCUGCUGUUCUUCGCCUUUGGACAGCUGGGCACGGUCACCUGGGCCUGGGGCGUGAUGUUUGUCUACACCCUGUUCGUCCCCUACCUCACCCUGGUGUUUUGGGGAUCUUUGUACCACAGCAGCCGCUCUAAGUUGUGGCUGUCUCUCGGCACGGGCCUGGUCCUGUCCGCAGUGCAGACCUACGUACUGGGACUGUUCCCCAUCCACGUGGUUGUACACUACCAGCUGCCACCAGCCUCGCGGUUCAUUGUGAUACUUGAGCAGAUUCGAUUCCUGAUGAAGAGCUACUCAUUCAUGAGAGAAACUGCUCCUGUUAUCAUGAAGACUACACCAAAGGAAGGAGAAAGUCCCAGAAUCCCAUCAUUGUCCAGCUAUCUGUACUUCCUCUUCUGUCCAACACUCAUCUACAGGGAAUCGUAUCCUCGGAAUACGCACAUAAGAUGGACGUAUGUCGGCGUCACCCUUGGUAUGAUCUUAGGAUGCUUGUUCUACGGCUACUUCGUCCUCGUCCGCCUUUGUGUCCCUUUAUUCCAAACUGAGACCGACCAGCCUUUCAGUAAACGGACAAUGGUUCUGGCUGUGUUCAACUCAAUAUUACCAGGUAUAAUGCUCCUCCUCUUGUGUUUCUUUGCCUUCCUUCACUGCUGGCUCAACCUCUUUGGGGAGCUGCUGUGUUUUGCAGACAGAAUGUUUUACAAGGACUGGUGGAACUCGACGUCUUUCACCAACUAUUACCGCACCUGGAACAUAGUGGUUCAUGACUGGCUCUACUACUACGGAUACAGAGAUUUCCUCUGGCUGUCGAAAAGGAAAUUCCGAACAGCUGCCAUGCUCUCCGUGUUCAUCGUCUCUGCUGUCGCCCAUGAGUACGCCUUGACCAUGGGCUUCGGCUUCUUCUAUCCCGUCAUGUUCUGCCUCUUUGCCAUCUUUGGAGUGGUGUUCAACUUUACCAUGAACGACAAGCGACAGAGCCCCGUGUUCAACGUCAUCAUGUGGGCGUGUCUCUUCCUCGGCCAGGGUGUCCAGGUGUGUCUGUACUGCCAGGAGUGGUACGCUCAGAUACACUGCCCUCGGACAGGGAAUAGCUUCUGGGAGCUGGUGACGCCUCGAUCGUGGUCCUGCAGCUACCAGAGAUGA